UUUUAAUAAAAGGUUUAUAGUAUUUUUAAAAAGCAUAUAAACCUCUGUAAUACAGAAGUUAAUGUUUUGUUUUGUCUGAGAUGGACCGAGUGGGUGGUACCGUGUGUAGCAGAAGUUAGCCUGAACACGUGGUUUGAGGAUAGCCAAUCAGGCGCCCCUCCAGGUUUAACUAUGUUAAAUGUCAGAUUGCAAUAAACUAGAAGCUGUUGGUCGGGCCCGCGGAAAUGGGCGAGCAUAAUCUCCUUAAUCCAGGGUUUGUGGGACCUUUGGUAAACAUCCACACUGGAGACACAUUUUACUUUCCGAAUUUUAGAGCCUCAGGGGGACAACUGGCGGGGCUACCGUCUCUCUCCUACCCGAGAAGGGACAAUGUUUGCUCCCUCCCGUGGAAUCCUUCGGAGCCGUGCAAUGGAUACUCUCAAUCCUACUUUAGCAGCCCCGUGUCUAUUAACCCUUCUUUCAACCGGUCGUGUGAAAUUACAAGACCAGAAGAGGGUAAAUGUUAUUAUAACAACGGCAACGGGAACAGGGAGACCUGUUCAGGUGGCAGCAACCUCAAACGAGAGGAUAGGGCGAGAGACACAUCAUCAUUAACAUCUGACCACGGGAUGCACAGUGGAAUUGGCAGCACGGUCGCCUUUUCCAAAUAUGAUUAUGGGACCGAGCAGCUAACGCAAGACCCGCCAUCCUGUCAGUCAAUGGAGUCCGACUCCAGCUCCUCUCUGCUCAACGAGGGCAGCAAGCCUUCAUCCAGCGACACACAGACCCUGGUGUCACCGGGAAGCCAUUCAAGCAACAUAGCCGCAGGCGGAGCUGCCCCGUGGUACCCGAUGCACACUCGGACCAGAAAGAAGCGUAAACCGUAUUCCAAACUUCAGCUGGCUGAGCUAGAAGGCGAAUUCAUGAUGAAUGAAUUCAUCACCAGGCAGCGGCGGAGGGAGCUCUCCGACCGGCUGAACCUCAGCGACCAACAAGUCAAGAUCUGGUUCCAGAACCGCAGGAUGAAGAAGAAGAGACUCAUGCUGAGGGAGCAAGCUUUGGCCUACUUUUAGAGAUGCGGCAGAAGGUGAAUCGAUGGGCAGUAAAAGCCAAGCCUUCGCUACGCUCCCUUAGGUCUUCUUUAAAUGCAUGCACUCAUCUAUCCAUCUUUUACAUUGCCGGCAGUUAUUACAACAUUUUAUUUUAUUUUAUUUUAUUUUGUUCUCAAAGGUGCGGGCUACACACGCCCAAAAACAAGCCACUACCUGGUUUGAAUUCUACAUGUCACUAAGACUACCUUCAUGUUUGGUAUAAUCGCACAAAAAAAGCUGUGAGAAUGUGUUUUCUGUGUCGGAUGCAUCUCUUGGAUUUUUCCUGAUUUGUCAAGAGAUCAGUCUACGCCCUAACUGUAAGCCACGCGAAAUAUUGUCAUUAGGGCAAUAGCUCAGUUUGGGAAUACACACAAACACAACAUCCUUUUUAGGUCUUUAGUUUUUACUCAGAGAACAUGAAGAGGGAGCGGGGCCACUUGGAAAAAUCUGAAAAAUAAAAUAAGUGUGAAUUUAGAAAGACAGGAUUGACUGGCAGGCUGGAGCCGCAUCCGCGCAAUAAUUUCUCUGAGGUUAUGACCUGAUAAAGAAGAACCUCCCUCCCAGUUGCUUAAUACUUCAACACCCAUCAUAUGUUGGGGUAAGAGGGAUAUCACCUUAUCUCCUUUCUUUAGUUUUCACCACGGGUAGUGGGCACGUUCACGGUCACGGGCAUGGAGUCUGGGAGUCUGGGAGUCUGCAUGUGGACAGGGAGGACUAAAACCGCAAUGUAAUCCAUAUCGAUAUCUUUAUGACUGCGCAUUGACAAAUUAAUUGCCAGGACUUUGUUCAUGUGCUAACGAGUUUCUAAAAGUAUCUUUCUUACUUUUAUUACCUUUCAACUUGUCUUAACAACAACCACAGACUCCUGCAUGGGUUGCAUUUUUUUUGUUUGAGUGAGAUCACCGUUUGAUUACGGUUCUGAGCUGCUAUUAAAAAGUCCAGUUAAAUAAAAACAAAAAAUCUGUGUAUUCUACAAUAACUCGCUUGGCUCUGGAAUGGAAAUAUUCACCAGUACAAGGAGGCUACGUUUUUUUUAGGCCAAAUUGAUUUAAAUAAGGGAGCCGCCUAAAGUUGCAACUGGGAGGGGGGGUUUAGGUUUUUUGGCCUGAAAGAGCAUUUCUGAAACUUGGUGCUCAUAUUGAAGAUAAAUAUGUAGAAAUUUAGAAAGUUAAUCAUAGGCCUAUAAGUGUGCGCUCCUUUAUUUCGGGGGGAGUACAGUGCAUCAUCUGUCAUGUAUAACGAGUAAGCUAUAGCAGUGAAAUGUAUUUGCAGCAUGUUAUUGAUGUGAAAUAGCUAUAAGUCAUGUUCUGCGGGCCACUUUUUCUGUAGGUGACUUUUUUUAUACAUUUUUGUUUCCUGAACAAAUCAAAAGCAAACACCAUCUAAAACAUUUUUGACACAAACGUCAACAAAGAAUGUAUUAUUAUUUUAAAUAUUAUUAUUAUUAAUAUUAUUAUUAUCAGAGUGGAAGGACGGAUGGCCUAUCAGGCCUACUCAAUGUACUUGCUCCUUGCAAUGUGCUCAAUGUUGUCCCUUUCCUUACCUUGUACUCGUGUAUAACUUUGUAAAAUGAAAUCACAUAUGUUACUAUUUGCAUCCUAUUUGAGGAUCCCUUAUCGCUAUGUAAUAGUGCUUUAUGUUAAUGAUCGUCUUGUACAAUAUCGCAUUCCAUAUAGCCUAUUUGUGGUCGUAAGGGUUGGAAAUGUAGGCCUAUUAUGUUAUACUGCCAAAAAUGGAAAUAUAAGAAAUGGUAUGCAAGAAGUGUUACCAUACAUGACAUUUAAAGAAACCCUGUUUCAGUGUAAUAGUUGUUAUUGUCCUUUUAUUUCGUCCCUCAUUGCAUUCCCUUCUUUGCGCUUGUAAGGAUUGCUACGUUGUCUUGUAAAAGUAAUAAUGAUAUGAAUGUAUAUCCGUAAGGUCUUCAAUAAACAGAAUAUUGAAACGUU